AUGGGGGCCGGCCGGCGGUGUUACGGUGGAUUGUGGAGGCGGGUUGUCCGGGUCGGUGACGAGCGAAUCGGAGGCGGGGGCCGGUGGUCUGUGGACGGCGAGUUUGGGUGGGGAACGCGGGGUCGGAAUGGCGUCCGGAAGAGAAUGGCAGCGGGGUGCUAUCUAUUACGGCAAACAUUUCACAGAAGGCAGGGUGGGCUUUGGGCCUGGCUUCUCUUUCAAGCAGUGUCCAGUAAGGUAUCAACGUUGGGUCACAGCGGCGGUCCAUUAGCACAACACUCUCCAACAGCAGGUAAGCAGUUCAAUCAAGUCCAUAAGAUCAUUCAGUUUGGUUGCCACUACUAUAGCACUCAUACCGCGCCCAUCUUCACCAAUUUUCACCUAAUUCCCGUUCCUCAUCCGUCUCUCCUCCCCCGAGCUCGCCUAUUCUCGACUGCAACUCAGCCGGAAUCUCCGCUUUUCCGCUCCAAGCGCCGUUUUCAAGCUCACGCGUUCCGCAUCGUACCACGCAACGCUGGCUGCCACCCCUCCCUCCCUCCCCCGGAGGGCGUUAUUCAUCUCCCGAUGCAACAUUCACGCGUCACCGACGCGGGUCUCAGCAACUUACCAGUCACUGUUGGCCAUCUGGACAUCCUGAGAUGUCUCUCCCACUUGGGUGUUCUCAACGGAGAAUGUUCGAUGAGGGGUAAUACUCAAUCGCGCGACUCCGCAGGUGAUUUUUUCCAUUCCGUCUGA